CCUGUUGGGAAAUUCCACCUGGGGCUGAGCCUAAACUUCUUCUGCUGUGGGCUACACAAGGAUGAUGCUGUCCUUAGACUCCUGGAAAUCUAAUGCUGUCAGUCCCAUGUUGACUCCGUGUGCAGGAAAAGGAAGAUCUAGGAUGCAGUUGUCAUUGACCAAAGUGAUCCCCUCCACAGCCCAGAUCUGAGCCACACAAUCACUGUGCAUCCAGAAACUGGGUGACAUCCACUGAACCCCACAGACAUGGAGUUGGAGCAAGCAAUACCUGAACACUUUCUAUGGCUGCCCCAAGGAUAGUUGCAACCUGUUUGUGCUGAAGGACACCCUCAAGAAGAUGCAGAAGUUCUUCGGGCUGCCCCAGACAGGUGAACUUGACCAGAACACCAUCGAGACCAUGCGGAAGCCACGCUGCGGCAACCCAGAUGUGGCCAACUACAACUUUUUCCCCCGCAAGCCCAAGUGGGACAAGAACCAGAUCACAUACAGGAUCCUUGGCUACACGCCUGAUCUGGAUCCCGAGACGGUGGAUGAUGCCUUCGCUCGAGCCUUCCAAGUCUGGAGUGACGUAACCCCACUACGGUUUUCUCGCAUCCAUGAUGGAGAGGCUGACAUUAUGAUCAACUUUGGCCGCUGGGAGCAUGGAGAUGGGUACCCGUUUGAUGGGAAGGAUGGGCUCCUGGCUCACGCCUUCGCUCCAGGUCCUGGGGUUGGAGGAGAUUCUCACUUCGAUGAUGACGAGCUGUGGACCCUUGGAGAAGGGCAAGUGGUCCGUGUGAAGUAUGGAAACGCCGAUGGGGAGUACUGCAAGUUCCCCUUCCUCUUCAAUGGCCGUGACUACACCAGUUGCACAGACGCAGGCCGCAGUGACGGCUUCCUGUGGUGCUCUACCACCUAUAACUUCGAGAAGGAUGGCAAGUACGGCUUCUGUCCCCAUGAAGCCCUGUUCACCAUGGGCGGCAAUGCGGAUGGACAGCCCUGCAAGUUCCCGUUCCGCUUCCAGGGCACUUCCUACAACAGCUGCACCACUGAGGGCCGCACGGACGGCUACCGCUGGUGUGGCACCACCGAGGACUACGACCGCGACAAGAAGUAUGGCUUCUGCCCUGAGACUGCCAUGUCUACUGUUGGUGGGAACUCAGAGGGUGCCCCCUGUGUCCUCCCCUUCACCUUCCUGGGUAACAAACACGAGAGCUGUACCAGCGCUGGGCGCAGUGAUGGGAAGUUGUGGUGUGCCACCACGGCCAACUACGACGAUGACCGAAAGUGGGGCUUCUGCCCAGACCAAGGGUACAGCCUGUUCCUUGUGGCAGCCCACGAGUUUGGCCAUGCCAUGGGGCUGGAGCACUCGGAAGACCCCGGGGCCCUGAUGGCGCCCAUUUACACCUUCACCAAGCACUUCCGCCUCUCCCACGACGACAUCAAGGGCAUCCAGGAGCUCUACGGGGCCUCUCCUGAUACUGAUAUUGAUACUGGAACUGGCCCCACACCCACACUGGGACCUGUCACUCCGGAGAUCUGCAAACAGGACAUUGUCUUUGAUGGCAUCUCUCAGAUCCGUGGUGAGAUCUUCUUCUUCAAGGACCGGUUCAUUUGGAGGACUGUGACACCACGUGACAAGCCCACAGGGCCCCUGCUGGUUGCCACAUUCUGGCCUGAGCUUCCGGAAAAGAUCGAUGCUGUGUAUGAGGCCCCACAGGAGGAGAAAGCUGUCUUCUUUGCAGGGAAUGAGUACUGGGUCUAUUCUGCCAGCACCCUGGAGCGAGGGUACCCCAAGCCACUGACCAGCCUGGGAUUGCCCCCCGAUGUCCAGAGAGUGGAUGCUGCCUUCAACUGGAGCAAAAACAAGAAGACGUACAUCUUUGCGGGAGACAAAUUCUGGAGAUACAAUGAGGUGAAGAAGAAAAUGGAUCCCGGCUUCCCUAAGCUCAUUGCAGAUGCCUGGAAUGCCAUCCCCGAUAACCUGGAUGCCGUUGUGGACCUGCAGGGCGGCGGUCACAGCUACUUCUUCAAGGGUGCUUAUUACCUGAAGCUGGAGAACCAAAGUCUGAAGAGUGUGAAGUUUGGAAGCAUCAAAUCUGACUGGCUGGGCUGCUGAGCUGGCCUGGCCCCCACAGGCCCUUCCUCUCCUCUAUCCCUUCCCCACACUGGAGCACCCGGAAAGGACAGGGAGGGGCCUAGGAGGCCUGCCUUCAGCUCCAUAGUUAAUCAGCAAUCUCCACCCUCACCCUGGUAUUUAAGA